GGGGAGGGAUAGGCGUCAGCUGAGACUGCCGUGUGAACUCUCAGAGAGAGGCAGUGAAUGCAACUUUCCCUCUUUUUGCCCCCAGCCUCCUCCACCCCCUUCCGGGCUCUGUGCAGAAGUGUGCGCAGCCCCAGCAGACCACUGUUGGAGGGAGGACUGAACGCCAAGGAUUUCUGGGUUCAGUAACGAUGACAUAAACUAAACUUCUUUUGUAAACUCGGGUGACCCUGUGUACCAAAUACCAGCUGGACUACAGUGGAUGUUUCAAUUCACUGACUUGCUCAUUAACUUUUUGUUCUGGACGGAGUUGAGUCAAAUAAAUCAUCAUGGCUUUCAGAGUGCGCCUUUCCUUGGAGCGCAGAAUACGCACGGCCGUUUUGGCACUACUGCUUUGCGCACAGGCCGGUUUUGGCUUCUCAGUCGCGGGGCAGCAGGAAAGCACCUGCGAGGCCAACGGUAGUAUCUACUUUGUGGGGGAAUGGUAUUUUCUGGACUCCGAUCACUGCACCCAGUGUGAAUGCACCACCGAGGGUUCGGCGUGUUCCCGCACUGAGUGCACCUCUCUCCCGGCUGCGUGCAUCCAUGUCAGCCACUACCCCACCGACUGCUGCCCCAGGUGCGAGAAGAUCGGGUGUGAGUACCGCGGUGUGGUGUACGAACUGGGGCAGAACUUCCAGCCAUCAGAAUGUGAGCAGUGCACUUGUGACAGUGAUGGCAUCGCACGCUGUCUAGUUGCAGAUUGCGCCCCUCCACCAUGUGUCAACCCCAUCUACCAGCCCGGGAAAUGCUGCCCAGAAUGCAAGGAUGGUCCUAACUGCUACGUCAAUGCAUCACGCACCCAGGUGAUACCUGCAGGAGAGCCCAUCUGGGUCGACUCAUGCACCAAGUGUCGUUGUCACGACGGUCAGGAUGCUGGCUACUGGGAGGGAAACCGUCUCGCCACCUGUUCACGUCUCAAAAACUGUACACCUGAACAACCAUCUGCACAGAAAAACUAAUUCAUUCCAUCAGCAGGGAACCAGCUGUAUCCAUCUAUGCAUGUUCAAUCUCUAAGAACAUGCUGAGCCCUCCUGUGCAGCUGAACAUGGUAUAGCCAGACAUCAAGGAUAGUAUGCAACUUCAAAAUUUCUUCUUCUGGAACAGAGCUGAACAAGUACCAAAGAAAUCAUUUUAAAAAAGGCCAAAAGCCAUCAGAAGAGAUCAGCUGCUACUCCAGAAGGACUUUUUCAUCCACGAUUUUUGCAGUACCGAUGAGACCCACUGAAUCUGAGGUGGACAAGGCUGAUACAUCAUCAGGCCUUAACUGCAGAUUAGAUUAGACAGAUCAAAGCUCCGGCUUUGCAAAACUAAAGUACAAUAUCAACUAAGGCAGGUCCUGCAUUAUCAUUAUUAUCUAAGUCAAUAGAUGUAAGACCUUUAUUAUUUCUAAAAAAUGUUUAAUCAAAUCACUAUAAACUAGUUAAGGCACAGAAACCAUGUGGCCAGGUGGACGGGUUGGAGUCCUGGCUGGUGGAUGAUCAGUAGGAGCCCUUUCUUUAUUCUGUGGCACCUAAUAGGUUAAUAUGGCCAUGUGUAAAGAAGAACAGAUGAGACUUUAUCCUGCCAGCCAAGAAUAUGAAUUGCAGUCCUUGAAAACUAAUAAGAACAGUGAAAUUAUGAAGGAAAGCAUGAUUAAAACUCUCUAUUUAAUAACGUGGACUGCAGCAGUGAUGUAAAAAUAAGACGUUUGACUUGCAGAGCCUCAAAAUCCUUCAACCUUUGUGCUGAAUGUCUGUACUCCUACAGAGAGAAAGCCUUUAUUAAACAAAUCUGUCAGGAACUGGAAAAAACAAACAAACGCGACCCUUGAAAGGAAGCCGCACUCUUGAUAUUUACCCUUUAAUAUUUCAUCUGCAUAUCCACAGUUCCUUCAGAAAGUUUGAUUAGAUCAGUAUAUUUUAAGAGAGAGAGAGAGAGACUAAUAAGCUUUUACAGAAGAUAGUUACCCAGGAGGGUUUUUUCAUAAUUUCCAGACACUUGCUUUGGGAAAAAAGUAGCAACAUAACAAAGCCAAUGAGAUUAUUGGAUGAUGAGAAAUUGUAAUUGACCUGUCAUGGUUUGAUGCAGCACCCGAAUGUAUGCACAGCUGUGAUGCAAUUUAGACUAGGAAAUGACUUAGCAAAGCAAUUAACAAUUUGUAACUGUUCUAUAAAUUCUGGAGUUCAAUUUACAUGCUAAUUGAAAUAUAAUCUAUGAGACUAUGGUCUAACAUAUGACUAUACAGUAGCUGUAGACACAGGCGAGAUUUGAAAACAGCGUUUCAUUUAAUGGAACGUUAUUUUUUCCGUGUACACUGUAGAGCAAGAACAGCAAUCUGUAAUUUACUGCUUUAUUCAUUUUCAAUAAGAAAGAGUGUGUAGCCUUUCAUCGAAACCUCCCUUGCUAUUUCCACAGUUACCACAGUUGUCAUUUUCCUUCUUGAAGUGUCAUUUUAUAUACGUUUAUAUGCAGCGCAUCCUAUUAUUAUUAUCUACUACUUUAAUCAUAAGGGACCUUUGAAUGAAAACCAAACUCAAUAUUGUCUUGUUAUAUGUUUAUGUGAGGUGUUGGAUCCUACAAUGGCAUUUACUUUACUGCAUAUUUAAGGCUCCCCAGCUGCUGCCGUAUGAACUAUAUCAUCACAACGCACAACGUUUCACUGCAUUAUUCUCCAUAAAAAGCUCCUUUAUGCAAGGUUUGGGAUUAAAAGUUUUAGGGUUAUGGACAACUUUUAUAUUUUAUAUCAGGAUACUUUUAAGAAUUAAUACACUAUUACUGUAUUUACAACAUUUUGAGAAUGAGAAAGCUGUUCUUCCUUAUUCCUGAAUAAUCAGAAAGAAGUUCAAAGGAAUAGUUUGGCAUUUUAUGAAGUAUACUUAUUCGCUUUUUGCGCUAAGAAUUACAUGAGGGAAUCCAAGUCACUCUCGCAGACGUUCAGUAGAUAUGAAACUACAGUCAACAGAUAGUUAGAUCAGCUUAGUUUAGUGAAGACUGGAAACAAGGGGUAACAGUUAGCCUAGCUCUGACCAAAGUUACAAAAUCCUCCAUUUGGCAACUCUAACAACAUCUUUUACAUCUUGACGUAUCGGGACAGAAACAACAAUUUGUUUUAUGGUGUGCCAAACUAUUUGUUGGUUAAAACCUCUAGAGGCUGGUUUUUCAUGUUGGUUUAUAUACAGAUUAAAUAAACAAGAUAUAGCAUAUCAUAAAGUGAGCUUCAGAGAUGGUGGUAGGCAGAUUUUGUUACCAUUAGACAGAGCCACACAAGAUGUUUCAAGCCUUUAUACGAAGUUAAGUUAGUGAGCUGAUGGCGGUAGCCUUAUAUUUACUGUGUAGACAUGAGUGAGGUAUCAGUCUUCUCAAAUACUCUGCAAAAAAGGCCCGUCUACUAUCAAAAGGGAACAGAUACAAAUCACACCCACGCAUCAUGUGGUGUGUCAUGCUGGUAACAUGAACGUCUUGUAAAAUAUUCCAAACGAAAACUCAUUUUCAAAUCCAUUAAAAAACUCUCAAUCUGUGUUU